AUGAGCAUGAGACCACAUUCCGACAAGAUGGGAGGCAGCAACCCAGUCAUUGGCCUUCUCGGUGGCGGCCAACUGGGCCGUAUGCUCUGUGAGGCUGCGAACCCCCUGGGCAUCGACAUCGCCAUCCUCGACGAGAAGAACGCCCCUGCUAAGCAAGCCCACAACACCAACCGCCAUGUCACUGGUUCCUUCAAGGACCCGGCCAAAAUCCGAGAGCUCGCUGCUCGUUCCGACUACCUUUCUGUCGAAAUCGAGCACGUCGAGACCGAGGUUCUCGAGGAUAUCGAGAAGAAUGGCGUCGAGAUCAAGCUCGCCGAUGGCUCCGUUGCUAUUCACAAGCCGCCCAUUCAUCCUUCCUGGAGAACCAUCCGCCUGAUUCAGGACAAGUACCUCCAGAAGGAGCACUUCCGCACUAGCAAGACCAAGAUCCCCAUUGCUGAUCAGAUGGCCAUCGAGUCGGGCGAGUCGGCUCUCAAAUCCCUCCAGGAAGCUGCUGACAAGUUCGGCUUCCCUUUCAUGCUCAAGGCGAGAAAGGGUAGCUAUGACGGAAGAGGAAACUUUAAGGUUGACAGUGAGGAGGACUUUGCCCCUGCUAUCGAGGCGUUGGGCAAGCUUCCUCUCUACGCGGAAAAGUGGGCCCCUUUCGUGAAGGAGCUUGCAGUCAUGGUCAUCCGUACCGAGGAUGAUGAAGGCAACUUGAGGAAAUGCGUCGCCUACCCUGCCGUUGAGACGAUCCAUGAGGACAGCAUCUGCACCAAGGUCUUCAUGCCGCCCAGAGAAGUGGAUGAUGAUGUCUGCAUGGAGGCUAGGAAGCUGGCCUGUGAUGUGAUUAGCACUUUGUGGGGAAGAGGUGUCUUUGCCGUCGAGAUGUUCCUCCUCGAGGACGGAUCGUUGAUGAUCAAUGAAGUCGCGCCUCGCCCCCACAACUCCGGCCACUACACCAUUGAGGCCGUUCCCUACAUGUCCCAGUACAAGGCCCAGCUCUAUGCCGUCCUUGACCUACCUAUCCCUGAUGAGCUCACCCCAAGAGUUGCAUCUUCUAUCAUGCUCAACAUCUUGGGUGGUGCCGCCUCCAACUCCCAUCACAAGCUCGCUCGUCUUGCCAGGACGACGUACGGCGAUGAUGUCGAUGUCUAUCUCCAUCUCUACAACAAGGAGUCCAAACCUACCCGCAAGAUCGGCCAUAUCACUUUGACCGGAUUCUCCUCUAUUGAGGAUCUCGAGCAGGCUGCUGAGCCUUUCAUCAAAUUGGUCGAUCAAAUUAGGGAGGAGCGUCUUGCUGCUUCUGCUGAGCAACUCCGUCCCCAGGAGGAAGCCAAGAGCAAGCCAUCCUCCGGAGGGGUUAGCCCUGCGGAGGUACACAACUCGGACCAGCCUUUGGUAUUGGUCACAAUGGGCUCUGACUCCGACUUGCCCGUCCUCAAGGCUGGUCUUGAUAUCCUGAAAGAAUUCAAGGUCCCUUAUGCUCUCGACAUCACCUCUGCCCAUCGUACUCCCAGGUACAUGAUGAAGGUUGCCGGUGAGGCGGCGAAGAAGGGCAUCAAGGUUAUCAUUGCUGCCGCUGGCGGAGCUGCUCAUCUUCCCGGCAUGAUCUCUUCGGAGACCCCGCUGCCCGUGAUCGGUGUUCCUGUCAAGGCGACACACCUUGAUGGUCUCGACAGUCUUUUGAGCAUCGUUCAGAUGCCGAGGGGCGUCCCCACUGCCACCGUCGGCAUCAACAACUCUACCAACGCCGCCCUUCUCGCCAUCAGGAUCUUGGGUUCCUUCAUCCCUCAGUACCAGGAGCACAUGAGCAGAUAUCAGCUUCAGAUGGAGGAGGGCGUGAUUGAGAAGGGUGAAAAGUUGCGCAUAGGAGGCGAUGUUGCCUAUCUCGAAGGCAUGAAGAAGGCCAAAUAA